AUGACAGCCACAGCACCAUCACUGACUAGCCUCGCCGAGGCUGCAUCACGAGCAGCAACAGCUUUGACAGCCAAACUUGAGAAAGACGGGCAUCCUUCUCCAUCAUUUGAACAAGGCGGCCUUGCCGACUACCCAAAGGAUCCCGAAAUCAUUGGCCUUCGUAUGCAGUUGCUUGAUGCCACCACUGACCUCUACCGUCUUGCUCUUGGGCCAACUGAUUCGUCGUUUAUGGGCCCUCUUCUUGCAUUUCACGAUGCAUCCAUCACCAACAUCUUAAACCAGUUCAACUUUUGGAAUGCCGUACCACUCGAUGGGUCUGCAAGCUAUGCUGAAAUCGCUGCCCAAGUCAGCCUUCCAGAAAGCAUCGUACGCCGCGUCCUCAAGUAUGCUACCUCAAUGCGUAUCUUCGCCAGUGCCAACGAGAAGCCCGAUAGCGUUUGUCAUACCUCGAUAUCUGUUCUCCCUGCCAGAAACCAGCUGUAUCAGACUUGGCUUCGACAUCUGUUAGAGGAGGCCGGUCCUGGUUCGCUUCACGUUGCAGAGUCGCUCAGAAAGUUCAGCAGCGGUAAAGGGGAGCCCAGCCAGGAACCAAGUGAGAGCGGUUUUGCUUUGGCUAACAUUGACAAAUUGGACAAACCCCAGACGUUCUGGGACUAUCUCAACCGCGAAGUCGAAGGCAAGCCGAAAGGUUGGCGUAGUGCAAAGUUCGCCGAGUGCAUGCAAGUAGCAGCAUCAGCCUCUGUCAUCAAGACUGAUGACUUGUUGAAGUCGGCUUAUGAUUGGAACAAGCUUGGUGAAGCUACCGUGGUUGAUAUUGGUGGUUCUAGUGGUCAUGAUUCUACCACCAUUGCUCGUGCAUUUCUUAACUUGAAAUUCGUUGUCCAAGAUCUUCCUCAACUCCAAGUCUCCUUCGAUGAGCAAGUACCUGCGGAGAUCAAGUCUCGAGUCAAGUUUGAGCCGCAUGAUUUCUUGCAGCCCCAAAACACCAAAGGGGAUGUUUAUAUGCUUAAGAUGGUUCUCCAUGACUGGCCUGACAAGUAUGCUGCAAACAUCCUCAGGCAUCUGGUACCACAUCUUGAGUCUGGUUCACGAAUUCUUCUUGUUGAGGCCGUGGCUCCUCCGGACACAGCCGCACUUCCGUUCGUAACACUGAGCCAUAUGCUGAAUGCUGGGGACAUGCACAUGUUGCAGUUCUUCAACUCUCAGGAGCGCAACUUGCAGGACUGGACGAAUCUGCUUGCCAAAGUAGAUGAGCGUUUGACCCUCACAUAUGUAUCUGAAGUCCCUGGAUCUGUACACCAGUUCCUGGAAGUUGGGCUUCGCACCUAA